GUAAGAUGUCAAAAGUGCAAUGUGACAUUGUUAAAAUAUUGUUAUCAUUUUCACAGUUUAUCAUUGAUUCAAUAAAAAUGUGCGAGAAAUAAAACUUAAAAUACGAUUUUCAAUAUUUUUUGUUUUCUUCUUUUAGUUCAUUUUAUUUUUAUACAUCAAAAAUUGUGUCCUAUCAGUAAAUUUAAGUUACUAUGAAUGAACAAAUUUCGCGGAAACUAUGGGUGUUAAAAUUUUGUUUAAAAGUUGUAUAUCCAAAGUACAACUGCUACUACUUCCUCGUUUUCCUUUCGAUAAAGUAUAGAAUUUGGUGCCAAAGGAGGAAUUCUAAUCGAAAAAAUAUGGAUGUCUUUGAAGUGAAAACUAUUCCAUUAAAUAUAGUAAAAUCACUUAUAAAAGAGAAACUUGAAGAGAACUUGCCUGUCCUCUUAAAUAAAUGUAUAAUUGUUUCUAAAGAGCAGUUCAUUCAACUGGGCAGUGAAAAUUUAUUCUACUUAGACAAUGGAGUACUUUGGGUGGCAUUAAAAUUAACACCAGAUGAGAAAAGAAAACACAAAGAGAAACAAAGUGACAAUAAAGCAAUACAACUGAGUCUUCACUUUAUGACGUCAGAAAUACACAAGAAGCUCUGGACUGAUGCAGCACGAAACUGUGUGGAUAAUGUGAGAAUCGUACCAAUAGUUGGGUCUAAACAUAUCUCAGAGAACAUAGCAUUUACUAAUGAAAAUGAGUUCUAUAACAUAACAUCAUGUUUUGGUAUAAACAUGUGCAAAGAUAUUAGUGUGACAUUCCACCCAAUGCCCAGCUUGGACAGCUCACCCAAAAUAGCAGCAGCUGCUGAAGUAAGCCUCAUAGUGAAUGACUACGACCUAGCCAAUGACUUCAUCAAAGAGGUUUUAAGCAACUAUUUUGAAACACCAAAAUUAGUCAGCACAAAUGACAUAUUUAGUAUAGAACUCACACCUGAUAUGACUGCAAAAUAUCAUUAUAAGUAUUUAGACUUAGUUCAAUCCACUGGAAAGCUUUAUUUUAAAUGUAAAAAGGUCUGCAGCGAUCUUUCUAACACAAAUAAUGUAUGUAAGGACAAAAUAGUUCAAGCAUAUUUCAUAGUUAAAGGUGUAACUCAGCUUACAUUAGGAGAAAAUGUGCACAGCCUUAAGCCAAAGGAUGAAUACUUCAAACCACAGCAGGAUAAAAAUCAGAAAAAUAUUCUACAUCUGUGCCCAACUGGACUGAGGCAAAAAUUUGAACAGCUACAAGAGACAAUCCUUCCAUUUUUAAGUGGUGAAAUGAAUGACCUCUUAUCAUCAAUGUCAACCCCUAUUAUUCCUAUGCUGCUCCUGACCGGGUCUACUGGAUCUGGUAGACACCUGCUUAUCAAGAUAUUAGCCAAAUACAAUGGAAUGAAUGCUCUACCAGUAGACUGCAAUGCUUUGCAGAGCUCCACUGCCAAACAAACAGAAAGCAAAAUAAAUGCUACAGUUCAGAAAGCGAAAGCUGCAGCUCCUGUUAUUGUGGUGCUAGAUAACUUUGAGGUAUUUGCUGUUGAUCCAGAAAACAAUGAAGACUGCAGAGUGUUAGAAUACUUCAUGAACACAAUCACAGAUUUAUAUCAAAACUACACAAAGUACCCAAUAAUAUUCAUUGCUGUCACAGAGAGACAGGACCUAAAGCCAAAUGUAUUACGGAUGUUCUUAGACAAGUUUCAUAUUCCCAGGCUGAAUGUGCAGCAAAGAUAUGAAAUGUUGGAGUGGUUUGCCACUGUCAUGCAGCUGAACAUAGAUGGAGAAGAACAGUUAGGUUUAGAGCAAAUAAGCACGGACAAGGAAAUAGUUAGCCUAAGUAAGUCUGCAAGAGAUGUCUUGCAAAGGGUUGCGGCGAAAACUGAAACAUUCCUAUACGGUGACCUUGAUACUCUUCUUCACUUCGCUAUUCGGGAGUCUUAUUUGAAACAACAUAAUAGCUACAAUCAAUUGCCACCGGAACCUGACUUACAUUUAGUACAUGAGGAAGAUUUUAAUUCGGCUUUGGAGUCCAUAAGAGGUCUACAAAGUCAACAUUUGGACGCGCCAAAAAUCCCGAAAGUUUACUGGGAAGACAUAGGCGGCCUUGACAACCUGAAGAAAGAACUAUUAAAAACCAUAGAAUUUCCAAUUAAAUAUCCACAUCUAUUUAAGAAUAACAGUUUGAAAAGGUCGGGUAUAUUGCUGUACGGCCCCCCUGGAUGCGGUAAGACGUUGGUAGCCAAGGCUGUUAGCACGGAACUAAAUGUAAGCUUCAUGAGCGUCAAGGGACCUGAAUUACUAAACAUGUACAUCGGACAGUCAGAGGAAAAUGUUAGGAAAGUAUUCGAAGCGGCGCGCGCUUCAUCGCCAUGUAUAGUGUUCCUGGAUGAGUUGGAUGCACUGGCACCGCGGCGGGGAGCAGCCGGUGACUCUGGAGGCGCCAGCGACCGCGUCGUUAGUCAACUCCUGGCUGAACUAGAUGGCGUUAGUAGCGGUGAAGAUGCAGACACAUCGAGUUUCGUGUUCAUAAUGGGUGCAACUAAUCGCCCCGACUUGUUAGAGCAAUCUUUACUGCGCCCCGGUCGCCUCGACAAGCUCAUUUACGUUGGCCCCUACCGGGGCCUACAUGAGAAAACCUGCGUGCUCAAAGCACUUUGCAGAAAUUACAAAUUACGUGACGAAGUUGAUUUAGAGGCUGUGGCAGCCGCUUUACCCGACAGUUGCACAGGCGCUGAUCUGUUACAAGUAGUAUCCACAGCUAGAUCGGCAGCGGUACGCGCCCUUGUCGCCAAACUUCAUGCCGGUGCCGUAAAAGAAUCCGAACUAAGCCCUGAUUCCGUUAUCUUGGGAGUUUCAGAAAUGCUGCACGGAGUAGAAUCAUUCCGAUCAUCAGUCACUGAUGACGAAUUAGAAUAUUACGAAUCACUAAAGUCACAAAUGUAGCAAUAAUCUAGUCUCAAAUUACAGCAUACCAAAUAUAUAAAAAAAAAUAUUUUGCAAUAGGUAUAUUUCACAUUUAA